AUGAAUGUAUUCAAAGUAUGGGUGAGAUGGCGACCUCUCAACCAGAGUGACGCCGAAACAGGAGAAAUCCAGCGGCAAUAUGGCCAGCAUCACAGCAAUCCACAAUCAUGCAUCUCUGUUACUUCACCUUUACAAACUAAAGUACUUUCCACCCGAGAAAAAUCCUGGAAGAGUGGAUUCUCGUUUGAUGGGAUCAUUGAAUAUGAUGACAAUAAUCACUUGGUAUUCAAUCGCGUCGUUGCACCAAUCAUCCCACAAGUCCUGGAGGGCAAGUCUUGCAAUUUCUUUGCAUACGGCCACUCAGGAAGCGGAAAAUCUCAUACCAUGAUUGGCUAUAACUUUGAGCAUGCGGAUGAAUUUGGGCUUUGUUUAGCUGCUGCUCAUCAACUGAGCGCUGCGUUAGAAGACAUCAAUGUGGGGGAUAGCAAACAUCAGUUCGGCAUUGGGCUCCGUGUGUUCGAGUUGCGAAAGAAUAUUGCUUUUGAUCUCCUCAAUGAGCGGAACGAGUGUUUUGUUCGCGAGGGAUCCGAUGGCCGGGUCUACAUCCGUGGCGAAACAGAAAUGUUAGAAAAUGGAAAAGUGAGAGUCCGACCAAUUGCUACAAAGGCAUGUUGGAGCUUCCAAGAGCUACACCGGGAGCUACAACAAGGCUUGAAGCACCGCCAAACUGCGACAUCGACAAUGCAUGAUCAAAGCUCGCGCACGCAUGCCGUGAUCGAACUGGAAAUCAUCACCAAGGAGCUCCUGAAUGCGCGUGAUCAGGUUGUUGAGCGGCAAUCCGAGCUUGUUCCUGUGGGGAAGCAUGCAACGGAUGUUUAUAUUGAGGAACAAUGUCGUGCAAUUGUCCAGACCGAAGAGGGGAAAUUCGUUCCAAAUCCUGAUUAUCAAGUGGACCAAGCGCGCGUCGAUGCUGCAGAAGCAAAGAAAGCCGAGUUUGAAUGUCGCGUGAAAGCGGCAGAGGAGCAUGAGUCUGAAGUAUUUGCGAAUACCGCUCGGGCACAUCGAUGUCUUGGUGGCAAGCUUGUGUUUGUAGAUUUGGCUGGCGCUGAGUUCCUUUCCAGCACGACUGCGUCUGCGCUCAAACAAACACCCCAAGAGAAGCAAGAAGGGAGACAGAUAAAUACUGACCUUCUCGCAUUGAAAGAAGUGAUCCGAGCCCGAUCGAGCAAGAAACCUCGUAUCCCAUACCGUUCCUCUCCAUUGACUAUGGUGCUACGGGAGCAUUUCGAGACAUCAACCGAUACUCAUUCCGCCAUUAUCUUGACUGUUUCGCCGGAAGUCAAUCAGUACACCGCAACGACAAAUACACUAAAAUAUGGAGAUCUGGUUGGUUUGGCAAAUGGACAUAAGAAAUAG